AUGUCUACCACAUCACAGCUGAGGAGGGCUGCGCGCGUCAUCCUGAUCGGUGCGCCGGGCGUGGGGAAGGGCACCCAGAGCGAGCGUCUCCUCGCCCGCUUCCCCCAGCUCCAGUCAAUCAGCACCGGCGACCUUCUCCGGACCAAUGUCAAGCGGCGGACAGCGCUGGGUAUCCAAGCAGAGGGGAUCAUGAAGAGCGGCGGCCUCGUCGCCGACGACAUCAUGAUGCGCCUCAUUUCCAACGAACUCCACACGCGGGGAUGGCUGCUCGGCCAGCGCUCGCCCGUCACCGUCAACUUUCAGGCUGCCGACGUCGAGGCGCCCGGCGACCCCCCUCCCAGUUUCGAGCCCCUCCUGGCCUCCGAGGACCCCUCCGCGUCGUUCAUCCUCGACGGCUACCCCCGCAACGCAACCCAGGCCCACGGCCUCGAGUCCAUUGUGCCCAUCAACCUGGCCAUCUCCAUCGUGACUCCCAUUUCCGUCAUCCUCGAGCGGAUCGCAGGCCGCUGGGUCCACGAGCCUUCCGGCCGAGUGUACAACACCACCUUUAACACCCCCCGUGUCCCCGGCCACGACGACAUCACCGGAGAGCCUCUCGUCCAGCGCCCCGACGACAACAUCGACGUUUAUCGCAACCGUCUGGACAAGUUCAGGCAGACGAGCGAGCCUCUCCUGGAGCACUACGCCCGAAAGGGUGUCCUGCUGGAGGUCGAGGGUAUGAGCAGCGACGAGAUCAGCCCCAAGUUGUAUAAGGAGUUCGAGAACCGUUUUGCCCGAUGA